UCGCUGUCUGCAUUUGGAUUGAAUAUUGAAGAAGAAAGGAAGGGAAGAGAAGAGAAGAACAGUAUAGAACUCUUCAUCGAAAUACCCCACCACACAGCUUAAAAAAAAUAUAUUCAUCAAAUCUUUCUUUCUAGACAGAGAAAAUCAGCGCAGUAACUGAAGAACCUUCUAGCUCACGAGGUUUUGAAUUUUUUAUCCAUGGGGAUGAGGAAUCUCAGUUUCUAGAAAGGAAAAAGAAAAGCAAUUAAAGGGAAAGAGCUGCACGAAAAAUCCCAUUUGAUUUUUGGAGAAAGAUGUAUAUAGGAGGGGGGGGAGGAGUUGGGGGAGCCGGAGGAGGGACAAUGCGGAAGUCAUUUAAGGAUUCUCUCAAAGUUCUUGAAGCUGAUAUUCAGCAUGCCAAUACUCUGGCUUCGGAUUUUCCACGGGAGUAUGAUGGUGCUUGCCUGCAGAUGAGAAUGUCCUACAGUCCAGCAGCACACCUGUUCCUUUUCCUGGUUCAGUGGACUGACUGUCACCUAGCUGGUGCUCUUGGCCUGUUAAGAAUCCUGAUUUAUAAGGUUUACGUCGAUGGCACCACAACAAUGUCCACUCAUGAAAGGAAAGCAAGCAUUAGAGAAUUCUAUGCUAUUAUCUAUCCCUCAUUAAUGCAACUCCAGAGGGGGGUUACCGACACAGAAGACAAAAAGCAAAAAGCAGUGUGCUUGGAAAGAUAUAAAAGAAGAGAUGAAGAGGAACACCGGCAAAUUUCGGAGCUAGAAGUUGAAAGGGAGGAAGAAUGUGGUAUUUGCAUGGAGAUGAACAGCAAAAUAGUCUUGCCCAACUGCAACCAUGCCAUGUGCAUGAAAUGCUACCGUGAAUGGAUCAAUGACAGUCACUUAUCAACUAUGUUGCCUUUACUGCAUUCCAUGUUGGAAUAUAUGCUUGGUUUAUUUAAUUCCGAGUCAGAGGCAUAUCCACAAUGUAAAUAGUUUUGGUGGGAUAUGGCUACGUAGUUACAUCUGGACAAUGUAAGUGGGGAAGUUUCAUUUUCAAAAGACAGUUUGGAAUGAAAUAGCCAAAAAUUCACGACCGAAGAUAAACUAUUUCUUAUUAUUAUUGUGUAGAAACUCUAGCAUAAUUUGAACUAUCAAUGUAAACUGAUAAGUAUCUGCUGUUCUGAAAAGUAUGUUAUACUGGCAUGUGCAGCUGUAUAUUUGUAAGAUUAUAUACUUUUACAGAUCCUACAGUACAAAAGCUUUGUUUUGAAUAGGUUUAUACAUAUGUGAGAUUAAAUAAAGAAAUCUUGCUAAAUCUAGUGUUAGAUUGCAAGUUUAUAAUCUUAGAUGUUCACACACAUUAAUGGAGAAGAAGCUCAGAUGAAUGACAGGUCGAAUUGGAUAGUCACUGUGGUGUUGAAGUCCAUGGUCCAGCUUAUGGGCAGUAAGCAGGGCAAUGAGCAAAAAGCUAGUUCUUAAUAAGUGGUCAUUUUAAGUAUAUUUCUUUUUUUUUUUUGGAAAUUUGCUUUUGCUAUUAUGUAACUCGCAUCUAGAACUUGACAUUUAUCGUACUCUAGAACUUGAAUUGAAGGUGUUGAGUAAUUACUUUUUCAUCAAUGCUUUGCAAUUGGA